AGGUGAAGGUUAUUCACAUGCAUUAAGCAAAAGAAAAAAUGCUGGAAGGAAGGCUGGCAUGUUCUUUGGCAGAAAAUGUGAUGGAGUUGGUUGUGAGUUGGGGUCAACCAAUGAAAUUGCACUGAGUGAAGAAGGAAGUGUUGCACAACAUAUACAAGUUUUGGUUAUGGAUAUCCCAUCUGGUUACACAUGUUGUCUUCAAAGAUCUAUUAUUAGCAAUAUCCCUGCUAUGCUUAAUGAAAGUAAUGGGAUGAAUAAUCAAAAUUAUAAUGAUCAAACUCAAACUUGUCAACAACAUCAUCAACAGCCUGUAUCAAUUGUAAAAGCAACAGCUAUUGGUGUAAAAGCAACGGCUGUUGGGUUUGCACAUACACUUACAGGACCACCAUCAUUACAAAUAAUACU